AUGGCCUCCCGUCUUCUUGUGUCUGGUCUCCCCCGGUCCCUCCCUCCCCUUCCUCAGGGCCCUGGCCCUGCCUGUGUCCCCUGUGUCGAGGGGCGCCAGCGGGCUGCCCCUCACUCCUCCCAGUUUCCUCCGACAGAGGCCCCGUUGCAGACGCUUCACAUGGACGUGUGGGGCCCGGCCCGCGUCCGUGGACAGGGUCACGAGCGCUACUUCCUGCUGGUGGUUGACGACUACUCGCGUUACACCACGGUCUUCCCCUUGCGCAGCAAGGGUGAUGUCACUGAGGUGUUGAUCGACUGGAUCCGCGCGGCUCGUCUCCAGCUCAGGCGGAGCUUUGGCUCGGACUUCCCUGUUUUGCGUCUGCACUCGGACAGAGGCGGAGAGUUUUCCUCUGGCCUACUGCGAGCCUACUGUCGCGCACGAGGCAUCCGUCAGACCUUCACGCUUCCGGACUCACCGCAGCAAAAUGGGAUUGCUGAGCGCCGCAUUGGCAUGGUCAUGGACGUCGCUCGUACGUCUAUGAUGCAUGCGGCUGCCCCCCAUUUUCUGUGGCCGUUUGCGGUCAGGUACGCGGCGCAUCAGAUCAACCUCCACCCGAGGGUCUCCAGGCCGGAGACCUCCCCAGCCUUACUGUGGACGGGGAAGGUUGGCGAUGCGUCGGCGUUCCGGGUCUGGGGAUCUCGGGCGUUUGUCCGCGACUUGUCUGCAGACAAGCUGUCCCCUCGUGCUGCUCCUUGCGUCUUCCUGGGGUUCCCCCCUGACGCGCCUGGGUGGCAAUUCUACCACCCCACCUCUCGACGUGUUUUGUCCUCCCAGGACGUCACGUUUGACGAGUCAGUCCCCUACUACCGCCUCUUCCCCUACCGCACUCCGUCCCUCCCCCCACCCCCGCUCUUCCUUGUACCAGGUCCCCCCCAGGUAGACUCCCUCCCCCCUCAGGGUCCUGCCCCUUCAGGUGUGUCCCAGGUAGACGCAGUCGAGCCUGUCGAGGUCACUGGUGACUCUGGUGCUGCUGGGGGUGCUGAGCCUGGGGGUGCUGGACCUGGGGGUGCGGAGUCUGGGGGUGCUGAGCCUGGGGGUACUGCGUCUGGGGGUGCUGAGCCUAGGGGUACUGAGCCUGGGGCUGCUGAGCCUGGGGGUGCUAAGCUUGGGGGUGCUACGCCUGGGGGUGCUGAGCCUGGGGGUGCUGAGCUUCGGGGUGCUACGCCUGAGGGUGCUGAGCCUGGAGGUGCUACGCUUGGGGGUGCUGAGCGUGGAGGUGCUACGCCUGGGGGUGCUAGGAGUGGAGGUGCUCUGCCUGGAGAUUCUUCGGGUGCUUCUUCUCGCCGGGAGCCACUCUCUCCACAGGAGCUGCGCGAGUGGUUUGCCCAGCGAUGGCGCCGUACUGCUGGUGCUGGAGGUUCUUCGGCUGCUGAGGGUGCUGCGGUCGCGGGUCCCGGAGGUGCUCGUGCUGGGAGUACUGGAGCUGCUGGGCCUACGGGUUCGACUGGAGCUGAUGCUGCUGAGGGUGUUGGCGCUGAGACUACCGCUGGCGGUCCUACUGGGGGUGCUCCUGGUGCUGCUGGAGGUGCUGCUGGAGCGGGUGCUCCUGCUGAGGGUACUGGUGCUGUCCCUGCUGCUUCUGGCGUCGUCACGCGGCCUCGACCGUACUUUGUUCCACUCCUGCAGCAGCCUGCCUCCCCUCUGCCUGCUCCUUCUCCCUAUGCUGGUCCUACUGGAGGUCUUACUGAGCGUCGUGAGCCUGCGUCUCGUCCUACGUCGCCUGUUAGAGCUGCUCGCGCUAGUGGUCGCAGUUCGCGCCACCGUCCUCCUCCUGUCCCUGGCACGCACCGGAUGUCUCUGCGUCCGUCUACUGCUCCUCUGCGUGCCCCUUUGCCUUCCCCUCCUGAGUCCUCUUUUCCUGCACUUGCCGACCCUGAGUCGGACUCUCUUCGUGCUGCCAGUCCUACUGUCACGCGUCUCCUUCCUACUGUUGUCACUGACCCUUCUUUCGAGUCUACUGCUGCGUCUGCUCUCGUUACUGAGCUCGUCGACUUUGCUGCUCGCUGUCGCUUAGACUACGCUGCUAGUUUUGUCGCUGAGUCUGAGUCUGACUGUCCUCCGUCCGUCGGGGGUGAGUGUGCCCUUGGUACGGACGUCCUUGAGGACAGGCAGGAGGAGUUCCAGUGUCUGGCAACUGCUUCACCUCAUCUCGUGUCCGUACGGCUUACCCCUGAGGGAGACCCGGAUGCACUUGACAUCCCGACUCCGCGCUCUUACGCGGAGGCAAUAGAGGGUCCCUACUCCUCUCAGUGGCAGGCAGCUAUGGAUGCAGAGAUGGCUUCCUGGAAGUCCACAGGCACCUACGUUGACGCUGUCCCCCCUCCUGGGGCGAACAUUGUCAGUGGCAUGUGGAUCUUCAGGGUGAAGCGGCCGCCGCGUUCUCCGCCUGUCUUCAAGGCGCGUUACAUGACCACUCUUCGGGUACUGCUACACAUUGCUGCUGACCGUGACUACGAGCUCCACUCUCUCGACUUCAGCAUAGCUUUCUUGCAGGGUAGCCUGCACGAGGAGAUCUGGCUGCGCCGCCCACCUGGCUUCACUGGGUCUUUCCCUCCUGGUACCCAGUGGAGUCUCCGGCGUCCAUUCUAUGGUCUCCGCCAGGCGCCACGUGAGUGGCACGACACACUAAGGACUACGCUUGCGGCUCUUGGGUUUGCUCCUUCUACUGCCGACCCGUCGUUGUUUCUGCGCACCGACACCUCUCUGCCGCCGUUCUACAUCCUCGUGUACGUCGACGACUUGGUCUUUGCCACAGCUGACACUGCUCGACUCGCGUGCGUGAAGUCCGAGCUGCAAAAGCAACACACGUGCACAGACCUGGGUGAACUCCGCAGGUACCUUGGCUUGCAGAUCACCCGGGACAAAGCACGCCGCACUUUUACCCUAACUCAGUCACACAUGGUGCAGCAGGUCCUUCAGCGCUUCGGCUUCACGUACUCCUCGCCUCAGGCCACUCCUCUGCCUACUCGCCACUCACUCUCAGCUCUGCCUUCGGAUGAGUCCGUAGAGUCGAGUGGCCCGUAUCCAGAGCUUGUUGGCUGCCUCAUGUACCUGAUGACCUGCACACGACCUGACCUUGCAUACCCUCUUAGCAUUCUCGCACGCUAUGUUGCUCCUGGGAGACACCGACCAGAGCACAUGGCUGCAGCAAAGAGGGUGUUGCGCUACUUGUGCAGUACGUCGGGCAUGGGGCUAGUGCUUGGAGGGCGCAGUCCAGUGGUCCUCACUGGGCACGCAGACGCUUCUUGGGCUGACGACCAGGCUACGCAGCGGUCGUCACAGGGUUACAUCUUCAGUCUUGGUUCCGGCUCUGUUUCGUGGCGAGCUACCCGCUCGUCUUCUGUUCUUGGCUCCAGUUGUGAGGCUGAGAUCUACGCGGGGGCUAUGGCUGCCCAGGAGCUUCGCUGGCUCACCUACCUGCUGACCGACCUUGGAGGGCCGCCUCGUUCUCCUCCAGUCCUGUACGUAGACAACUAG